AUGGAUGAAGCCGUUGACACAGUCCUAGGUGUUCAGUUUAAUGUCUUUGAAUGUGGCGGAAUGGCCAUUGGUAUAUGCAUCUCCCACAAGAUCGCCGAUGCACUGUCUUACUUCCAGUUCGUGAAGAGCUGGGCCACCGUGACACGCGGCGGCAACCCGGAACACAUCACGACCCACUUCGAAUCAUCCGCACUCUUCCCGCCAAAACACAUGCCGGGAUACGACCCGGAUUGUCUCGUCCCGAAGGAAAAGAUCGUGUGCAACAGAUUCGUAUUUGAAGCAUCUGCAGUAGAAUCUCUGAGAUCAAAAUACUCGGAGAAGGUGGCGAAGAACAUUCUGGAAGGCCAGAAACCACCUUCAAGAGUUGAAGUAUUGUCAACUUUCAUAUGGACGAGGUUUCUUGAAGCCACUAAGGGGGAGAAGAAGAAGAAGAAGGAAGCAAAAAGAAAAGAUUCAGUUGGGUGCAUGGGCAGCAAAUCUACGACCAAGAAUGGAUCCUCCAUUACCAGAAUAUGCGUUCGGCAACUAUUACUGGCCGAUGAGAACGUUUCCAACGUUAGACGAGAAGGAGAAUGUCAUGAUAUGGGAAGGAAGUUAAGAGAAGAGUUAAAUAAGAUGGAUAAGGGUUUUAUUGCGAAGCUUCGAGAAUGUGAACAGUGGAAUCCUCAACAGAAGAAAGAAGAGAUGGUUAGAUCAACUGGUGGUGGGGAAGAAGGAGAGAUUGCCGUUGCUUUGCUUUCUCUUCAUUGUGUUGGUUUCCGGUAUACGAGGUUGAUUUUGGUUGGGGGAAUCCGACGUGGGUGGGACCGCCAACGUGGAAAUUUAAGAAUGUGGUUACCUUCAAAGACACUAAGUCAAGCGGUGGCAUUGAAGCUUAUGUUAGCCUCACGGAGGAGGACAUGGCUAAAUUUGAACACGAUGAGCAACUUCUCGCACAUGUUUCUACUGCGGGGUUAA